CGGCUCCGCUAUCCCCCGGCAUCUAUUUGAUUGUGUAAGGGAGGUUUUCCUGAUUUCAAAUAUAUAUAAAAACAUGCAAUCCACUUAUUUAACCAGGAUUAAAUGACCGCACAGCGCCGCUGCAUUUGAAUUGAGCGUUAUGUGCAGGCUGCGAUGAGGCGUCGCUUGUCUCACCAGGAUGUGGGGGCCCUGCCGUCCUGCAGCAGCAGCCCUGAAACCUCACCCUGCAACUGCGCAUUGCACCCCCGCUGCCUCUGCUGGAGCUGCUGCUGUCUAGCAUCAAGGAGCCGGGAGCAGACCUGCAGCAGGAGAGACUCCAACCUGUCCUCUCUGGGAAGCCUGCAGAGGACUGAUGAGAGUGGCAGGCUGAGCUUGACUGAGGUGUCCUCCUGGGCCUUGUCCUUCACCGCGCUCAUGGAGAGUCCUGCAGGCCGCCGUAUCUUCAUGGAUUUCCUGUGCUCUGAGCACAGUGAUGAGAACAUGCUCUUCUGGCAAGCGUGUGAGAGCCUGAAGACCGAGACCCGGCGGACAGCCAUUGGAGAGAGGGCUAAGCAGAUCUACCUGGAUUACAUCUCUAUCCUCUCACCCAAGGAGGUCAGCAUCGACGCCACAGUGCGGGAGACCAUCAACGGUAACAUGGCGGCACCCACAGUUCACAUCUUUGAUGACGCCCAAGCUCAGAUUUAUGCCCUGAUGCACCGUGACUCCUACCCCAGGUUCCUUAACUCCUUACUCUACCAGUCCCUGCUACAAAGCCUGGGACCUGUAAGUCCAACUUCCAACACCUAGGGGUCAACAGUCUGCUGCAAUCCCUGACAGCCAGCUGGUAGACCAGCCUCUGCUUGGUGCAGACAACACUGACGCUGGCACUCGGUCAGGCGGGUCUUCUUAGGGAGAACACUGCAGGAGAAAUACAUACAACUUAAGGGUUUAUGUACCUUUGAUCCGUUUGUAUUAGGAUAAGUCUCCCAGACUUCAGAUCUGAAAGGAGUUUCCAAGGCCUUCAAAGAAGACUGUCUGAAGGAGAGGUUUAAUUCAGUUGGUUAGUUUACAAAGAACAUGCAGAUGGUGCAGCACUUUGCUAGGAUGUCUCUGGAGGGAAUGCUGGAAAAAUGACCCAUGCACCUUUUACGUGCCCAGGCUUUGCAGAACUAUGAGUUCACGUUUGUGCAAGAGGCAAAUGGAAUCAGAUGUACCAACAAAACAACAACAGAGAUGAUUCUAUAUAGUCUCCCAUAUCUCUGACCUGUGGUAUUCUAACAGUUCUUUAUAAAGCCAUCUGUGUCACAAGUGUCUUAAGUCACUGCACAAUGUUUAAUACUUGUCCAGUGAUUGAUUUCGUGUGGAAAGAUGCUUUGAGGGUUACCCCCCCACCAUUGUACCUCUUGGUGUUGAAGGCUAAUGUGGGCGGGUCUUCAUUGCUGUAAUUUUUCUUAGUGAAAAAUUGUUCACAAUUGUUCAUUGUGAAAGUGGCUUCAGUAGGGGACCUCAAUAGAAAGGUGUGAUAGAAAUGCUGUUGAUUUUGUAAUGUCGAUAUAAAGAAGCUUUUGUCCGGGGUCUUUUUUUGUGGUGUAAAUGUAUGAGGUCUUUAUAAAUGCUGGGAAACCAUAUCAGGAGUUUUAGUCGUUAUUUGCUCUGUAAGAGAAAGGAAUGUAACAUUCUAGUUCUGGAAUGACAUGCCUGGGUUUUGUGGACAACUGGCUGCUUUUUUGAACACAUUGUUUGACUUGUCGUGCUUGUUGCUGGCAUCUUAGACUGACUGGAAAAUAACAGACUGCAUGAGAACUCUGUGUUUUUAACAGCGUGGUCCAUACCAUGAAAUAAAAGAGCUUGAUUUCCUGCUAGAAUAUGCUGUGUACCAGCACCCACACAGA